CAGCGUUGCAAUGUUGUACAUCCAUCCCAGCAACCACAUCGCGUUUGCGAGCCUAUAACGUAUAUCAAAUCAACAACUGUUGGCACAGGUUUGCCGAACUUAUGCUCACGCCAUACUUGCGUUGCCCAACCUUCUCUCGGGCGCGGGAGGGGCAUUGUUGACUCGUGCUCCAAUGUCCACUCCGGGUUCCGGGCUCAAGCAUGUGGUGUAACGGUGUAUACCCCUGACAAUCCUGGCACGCUUCCAACAGGCCGCCAGGAAGGUACCCUGCAUCACACUGGCGCAGCUGGGGGCGCUACUUGACUCGACAGACGACGUGCAAGCAUGGAAUCGCAUUCGCUUCAGCCUCUCUACCUCAUGUGCUAUGCAACGAGAUGUGUAUAGACUUCGAGUACAGGCGGUCUAGAAUUUGCCUGGCUGGUUCCAUCGUCCGUCCCAUGUGUCAAGCGGACUCGUUCCCAGGUUUGUUGGACGUCCCAUGUGUUGACCCAUGGCGUUCUACUGCAACAUGCAUGUUUCUUUUUGCCGGGUGCAGUUCAAGGUGCAGCAAGCUAGCGAGCAGGGAAUCAUGCACCCUGGCUUGAGCGACCACGCAGAGAACUUGUUGCUCUGUGGUUUGGAAUCACCGGUCACAAGUGCUACCACGUCCUCCCUCUCCAUCUCUCAUGCCUGUCGUCGCUACGACAGUAUGCUGCAGGGACUGCCGGGGUAGUCUAGUACGCCAAAGCACUCUCUACGGACACUCUUUCCCUUUUGAAUGGUCACUCGCCUUUGACGUGAUGCAUGGAGUCUUUGCACGAAUGCUAUCAGCUCAGGUGGAAGGCUCCCAUAUCAAGUGUCAACAAGCUCAUGGAUCCCGCCCCCAGGCCUCCGCGCACUGCAGAGCCUGAACAGGCCUUAUCCUUUAGCGGCACCGGCUCCGAGACUUGUGGCGUACGCUCUUGCACUACGGUGCGCCUCCAGGUGAUCUGCUGCAACUCAUCCUCUCAUCAUUGGAGCAACAGACGUUGGAACCUGUGAUAUGUUUGUCGGGUAUGUAUCCCAUCUUCCGGCCCCACACCACCAAUAUCAGGCGAGGCGUGGUAAGAGUAGCACUUCCUGGUGAUCAACGUCUGGAUUGCCAGCGCAUCCAAUGCGAACUCGCGAAAUGGACGGUGGUCGACUACCUGUAGCUUCCCCUCUCAGAUAAGCGUGAGCGAGGCCUUGUCUCGCCUCGACCACGAUGUCUAGAACCCUUGCACAUAACAGCAGAAGGACUCUCGAAGCCUUGAGAGGUCAAGUAUCCCACCGGCGCCCAUGUACUCCGGUCGCCUUCUACAGUACCGAUUUUUCCUCCUCUCAUCCUCUUCCUUGCUGUCUUUUGUUGCGCUUUCUACUGCGUAGCUGAGUACUAACGGCAAUAUGACGGUGUAUACUUCAGAUGCAGCUGCUUUAGAGGCAGCUGGUAAGAAGCAGGUCUUGAAGCGAGAAUGGAAUUUUUGGGCCUUGCUUGGUAUGUCAGCGACGACGCUGUGCACAUGGGAAGCCACAAGCGCCUUGUUCGCUGGCGCAUACACCAAUGGUGGACCUGCCUCUGUGGUGUACGGCUUCAUCGUGUCUGUGUUUGGUACACUAUGUAUCGCAGCUUCCUUGGCCGAAAUGGCUUCCAUUUCACCAAUUGCUGGGGCACAGUAUCACUGGAGCGCCGAACACUCGCCGUUGAAGUGGCGCGCCUUGAUCAGCUAUAUUCAGGGCUGGAUCACCAUCACCGGCUGGGUCGCCGCUGUUGCAUCGGUGUGUUACUUGAUUGCAACCAUGAUACAAGGGUUAGCCAUCCUCAACUAUUCGGGAUAUGAAGCGAAAAGGUGGCAUGCAACUCUCAUGAUGAUUGCAUUUGCUGGCGUCGCAGCUCUUGGAAAUACCUUUGGCAAGAAGUUUCUUCCACUUUGGGAGACCCUUGGGGGUGUGCUGCACGUUUUGUUCUUCUUCAUCGUCAUGAUCGCCAUCUUGGCUACAAGCACCAAAGCCAACAACGAUGAUGUUUGGGGAACUUUGAUCAAUGACGGGGGCUGGGGUAGCGAUGGCGUCAGCUUCUGUCUGGGGUUUCUCACGCCAGCCUUCGCCCUGGCCGGCGUUGAUGCCGUGGUACACAUGAGUGAAGAAGCAUAUGAUGCUCCAAAGAAUGUGCCUCGAGCAAUGAUUUGGUCGGUGGUUAUUAAUGGAACGGCGGCCUUCGCCUACAUUCUGACCAUUCUGUACGCCAUCACCGAUACCGAUGCUGUCUUUGAGACACCAACCGGAUAUCCCAUCAUUGCUGUUUUCCUACAAGCAACGAACAGCCAGAAAGGCGCCACCGCGAUGAUGACAGCCGUCGUCCUCGUCUUUACUAUGAACCUUUUUGGGUGUAUGGCCUCGGUGUCACGACUGAUCUGGGCCUUUGCUCGAGAUAAAGGGCUUCCCUGCUCCCGAGUAUUCUCUCACAUCACACCGUGGAACAAGUGCCCGACAAACUCGGUUCUAGCAAUCUUUGCUGCGGUUUCCCUUCUGUCACUCAUCAACAUUGGUUCAACGACCGCCUUUAAUGCCCUGAUUUCGUUGACCACCUUGGGCUUCUAUUUCUCCUAUGCGAUCCCAACCGUCAUGUUUGCAAUUCGGCGAUUCAGUGUCGACAAUCCAAUCAGCUUUGGACCGUGGACCAUGGGAAGAUUUGGCUUGUCCGUCAAUAUUGCGUCUUUGGUCUUUUGUCUCUUUCUCAUCAUCUUCCUGCCGUUCCCGCCAGUCCUCCCGGUCACGAGCCAGAACAUGAACUAUGCUUCUCUUGUAUUCAUCGGGGUCAUGGUCAUUGCCGCGGUCAACUACUUUGUUCGUGCGCGGAAACGUUUUCAUGGACCGAUUAAGGAGGUCGCUAGUGAGGCAAGUAGCGAAAACGUCGCUCAUGAAUCGGUGGUGGCGGAAAAGCAGGCACCGAGCACCUAAAACGACCGAUGAGAUUGAGGGCUUACUCUACUACGGUGCACUCUUUUCUGGAUAUCGGGAUCAACGGCUGCUCAUACGGCAGUGUCUACCUGCAAGUCUUCCAAGCAUCUCGUGAAAUCCUGGACCAACACAAGAACCAUCUACAAAUAAAUAAAAGCAAUACCUUGCGAGUUGCACAUAUGCUUCCAGCUUAGAUAGCAAUCCUUACAUACAAUUUUAUUCUGCAAUACCACCUUGGAGUCGACUACCAUUGCCUU